AUGACGCUACCACCUCCAGCCAAGCGGCGUUGCAAACCCGCCGCCGCCGCCGCGAUGCACAUCCCGGACGGCGUCUCGGAGCAGGUCCUCCUCCGGCUCCCGGUGAAAUCCAUCCUGCGGUUCCGAUCCGUGUGCCGGUCGUGGCGCGCCACCAUCGACGAGCCACGCUUCGCGCGCCUCCAGCUGCAGCUGUCCAAGAGCCGCCCGCCGUCCAUGCUCAUCGUGCCUCUCCACUGGGCGUACCCGCACGAGCGGCUGGCGAGCAUCAUGUUCAUCCGCUACCCGGGGCACGGCGACGUCGCGCGGCUCAUGCACGAGGGGUUCUCCCCCUCCUCCGGCGGCUUCGCCACAUGGAUGCGCCCAUGGCACUGCGACGGCCUGGUGGUCGCGCCGGGCCGCUCGUCCGGGGAGACGGUACUCGUGUGCAACCCGGCGACCAGGGAGCUCGUCAGGCUGCCGCCCGGCUCGCCGGACCUCUGGGACGACUUCCAGAAGGUCGGCUUCGGCGUCGACCCUCUGACCGGCGAGCACAAGGUGGUGCGGUGCUUCGUGCGCCACGGCGGCGGCGACGAGCCGCCCGCGCCCCACAGCUUCGGCUGCGAGGUGUUCACCCUCGGCUCGCCGGCGUGGCGGCCGGCCCCUGACCCGCCGUACGCCAUCAACGCCAUGCUUCCGCUCUGCCUCCCGGGCGCCAUCUACUGGAGCGCCUCCAUCCCCCCCACCACCCAGCGCAUGGCGCGCUUCGACCUGCACGACGAGGAGUUCACCGACUUCCCACCCCCUCCGUGCAUGGAGGUCGGCGGCCCCUGCGGCUACCUGACGGAGCUGGGCGGCAAGCUGUGCUACACCCACUCCCUCGGGGACGGCGUCCAGCUGUGGACGGCCGAGGAUGGCCAUGGCGUCGCCGCCGCCGCCAAGCCGGCGCCGUGGUCGCUGCUUUGCACCAUCAAGCCAUGGCGGCCCUGUUGGGAGAUCCUCCCUUUCGCUGCCUACGGGGGAGGCAUCUUCAUCAACGUGGACUUCGCCGUGAUUUGCAGGUUCGAUCUCGGGCGCCAAGUUCUGGAGAAAGUGGUGGACAUGCGCGAGGAGAUGAAGUACGUUUUAGCCGGGGCUCAGGGCUGUCCGUACUACUACCAGUUUAGUUGCCCCGGGUGGAGCCAAUGUGUACUUCCAUAUUCAGAGAGCAUGCUACCUAUAGGAAGCUAG